CUCUCUGGCUGCCUUUGUGAAACCUCUGGGAGCUUGUCUUUUAUCAGAAUGGCACUUAAAUCUUGUUGCUACUUUCUGCUGCUGUUUUUGUUGUCUGGCGCUCAAGGUGAUUGCCCUGCUCCAGAGACCCCGCCCCAUGCGGUGCUGAAUGGAGACUUAAAAGACAGCUACCCUGUUGGGACUACUCUGAGAUACAGCUGCAUACCAGGUUAUCAGUUCAUAUACGGAUCAAUUCCUACUAUUAAAUGCCUUGAGAAUUCAACAUGGUCCCAAACUCCUGUAUUUUGUGAACCAAAACGAUGUACAGCUCCAGAUUUCCCGAAUGGCAAAAUAGAAGGUUCGGACAAACUCGAACUUGGUGAAGAAAUAACCUUUGUUUGUAAUUAUGGGUACAAGAUAUUGGAGUCGUACAACACUUCUCGUUGUGUUUUGGUGCCAGACAACAAGGUUCAAUGGGAUAAAUCCCCUCCAUCUUGUGAGAUAAUCGAGUGUGAGCGUCCUCCCAACAUUGCCAAUGGAACACAUAAUGGAGAUGAAUCCCACGAUCGCUAUACUGUUAGUACAGUGAUAAAAUACACUUGUAAUAAGGACUUUUCUCUCAUUGGAAGUCAAAGCAUUACUUGUAUAGUGGCAGAAGAUGGUGUAAAUGGAAAAUGGGAUACAUCUCCACCUGAGUGUAAAGUGGUCCAGUGUAGCAGACCAGAAAUUGAAAAUGGAAAGCUGACUACUCCAUUUCAGCCUUCAUAUGACUACGAACAUACCCUACAGUUCACAUGUAACUUUGGAUACACUCUGGUGGGAAAUGAUCUUGUAACAUGUGGGGCUGACAGCACAUGGAAACCUGAACUUCCCACAUGCGUCAAGGUCCGGUGUAACAGACCAGAAAUUGAAAAUGGAAACCUGACAAGUCCAUUUCAGCCUUCAUAUGACUAUGAACAUACCCUACAGUUCAUAUGUAACCCUGGAUACACUCUGGUGGGAAAAGAUCUUGUAACAUGUGGGGCUGACAGCACAUGGAAACCUGAACUUCCCACAUGCGUCAAGGAUACUGUCACCACCCGGCCCGGCCCUACACUCACCUCUCAUACAGACGGAGAUAAGAAAAAUGUGACUUCAGGACCUACACGGAAACCGAGCACAACAGUUACUAAACCAGACUCAGGUGAUUGCCCUGCUCCAGAGACCCCGCCCCAUGCGGUGCUGAAUGGAGACUUAAAAGACAGCUACCCUGUUGGGACUACUCUGAGAUACAGCUGCAUACCAGGUUAUCAGUUCAUAUCCGGAUCAAUUCCUAUUAUUAAAUGCCUUGAGAAUUCAACAUGGUCCCAAACUCCUGUAUUUUGUGAACCAAAGCGAUGUACGGCUCCAGAUUUCCCGAAUGGCAAAAUAGAAGGUUCAGACAAACUCGAACUUGAUGAAGAAAUAACCUUUGUUUGUAAUUAUGGGUACAAGAUAUUGGAAUCGUACAACACUUCUCGUUGUGUUUUGGUUCCAGACAACAAGGUUCAGUGGGAUAAAUCCCCUCCAUCUUGUGAGAUAAUCGAGUGUGAGCGUCCUCCCAACAUUGCCAAUGGAACGCAUAAUGGAGAUGAAUCCCAUGAUCGCUAUACCGUUAGUACAGUGAUAAAAUAUAUUUGUAAUAAGGGCUUUUCUCUCAUUGGAAGUCAAAGCAUUACUUGUAUAGUGGCAGAAGAUGGUGUAAAUGGAAAGUGGGAUACAUCUCCACCUGAGUGUAAAGUGGUCCAGUGUAGCAGACCAGAAAUUGAAAAUGGAAAGCUGACUACUCCAUUUCAGCCUUCAUAUGACUACGAACAUACCCUACAGUUCACAUGUAACUUUGGAUACACUCUGGUGGGAAAUGAUCUUGUAACAUGUGGGGCUGACAGCACAUGGAAACCUGAACUUCCCACAUGCGUCAAGGGACCUACACGGAAACCGAGCACAACAGUUACUAAACCAGACUCAGGAAAUAACAGCGUGGCAAUUGUUGCAGGAAAACUGACAAUUAUUCUGGUCCUCCUGGUUCUUAUGGUCUAGUGUUGUACAAAGAAAAUAAUGGAAGAAAAAUGAACCAAUAUCAGAUUUCUGCAGUAAAGCAUUCUAACUUCUUCCUCCAAUAGUAAAACACAAAACUACAAAAGUAACAAAUCAAUGUUAAAAUAAAGACAUUUAUUUUGAAGGAGAAAACAAUAUAUGUUGCUUUGACUCGGGCCAUCUAUAGCAUGGCUUGACAACAGGGCCUUAACUAUUCCAAAUUUAUAUCCUGACCAUUUCAAGUCAGAGGGGUCAAAAGGAAGACCUCCAUGUUGUUGGACUGCAGCUCAUGUCAGUACUAGUGAAGAAUGCUGGAAGAUACAGUCCUUCAACAUUAAGAUAACUGAAUUACAGAUAUAUCCUUUAGCCAUGUGUAAGAAUUUUGUUUACAUCUUGUUAAUGUAUUAUACUUGUUUUCUUAUGUAUUUAAAUAACUUAUUUUGAUUUACAUAAUUGUUCAAAAAGCAGAAUAUAAAUAAAAUUAACUAUUACUAUGCAAA